AGCAGCCCAGUCCCACAGAUGAAGAAGGCCUCUCGCAUUCUCCCGUCCAAAACACCAAAACCCCGGAGUUUGUUAUCAGAGAAAGAAGACGCAGAAGAGAAAAUGCUAAGAAGCAUCCACAAAACCCUAAAAACCCCUCCUCCUCCGAUCUCCCUCCGUCCCAUCUCCUUCCCCUUCUCCUCCCGCAGUCGCCGCCGUCAAAAUAUCACCACGGACGGAGGUCACGCAGACAAGGCCGACAGUUCCUCCUCCUCCUCGUUAUUCAACAGCGAUCCAGAGGGCCCACCGAGGCUCUUCGUGGUCCAGCCCCGCCUCCGCCCUGAGCUUUACCUUCACUCCAAGCUCUCCGAGGCUCUCAACCUCGCCAACUCUCUCGAGGAGCAGAGGGAUGGAUUCUACGCGGAGGACUCUGCGUCCAAGGAGGUGCCGCCACAUCUCGUCGUUCAGGAUCCCAGCUCCAGAUCCCUGAGGGCUGAUACAUACUUUGGACCUGGAACUAUGGAAAAUAUCAAAGUUCACUUAAGGGCAUUGGAAUCAAAGGAAGGUCUGGAUGCAGUUUUUGUUAACACGAUUCUUUCUGGGAUUCAGCAGCGUAAUUUGGAGAUGGCUUGGAAAAAACCAGUAUUAGAUCGUGUUGGCCUUAUAAUAGAGAUAUUCAACGCUCAUGCUGAGACAAAAGAAGCAAAGCUACAGGCAGAAUUAGCAGCUCUCAUGUAUAAGAGGAGUAGACUUGUGAGGGUGCGUGGUCCAGGUGGUCGCCUUACCUUUGGAACCAGUGGAGAGGCUGAAGUUGUUAGUGCCCGGGGGAGAGGCAGUGGUGGGCGUGGUUUUAUCAGUGGUGCUGGAGAAACUGAACUGCAGCUUCAACGCCGAAGAAUUCAUGAGAGACGGAACUAUUUACUAUCACAAAUUGAAGACGUUCGCCGAACUCGUGCUAUACAACGGUCUGCUCGAAAAAGGCAUGGUGAUUCACAUGGCAAAGGCCUGGCCACAGUUGGUAUUGUGGGUUAUACAAAUGCUGGGAAGUCGACUCUAGCCAGCACCCUUUCAAAAAGUGAUGUAUAUAGUGAUGACAGAUUAUUUGCAACAGUGGAUCCUCGACUAAGAAGGGUAAUUCUGCCAUCAGGGAGGAAAGUACUUCUUAGCGAUACUGUAGGAUUUAUUUCAGACUUGCCUAUACAGUUAGUAGAAGCAUUUCGCGCCACCCUCGAAGAAGUUGUAGAAGCUGACCUGCUAGUGCAUGUACUAGAUGCCAGUGCUCCUGAUAUGGAAGAGCAGCGUGCAACUGUCUUGGAAGUUCUGCAGCAAAUUGGUGUAUCAAAAGAAAAGAUACAGAAUAUGAUCGAAGUCUGGAACAAAAUUGAUCUCCUUGAUAAGAAAAUGGGAGCUUGUGAAACUUUUGAAGGAGAUGAAUGGCAGAGUGAAGGCGAAGAAGGGCAUGAAACAAUUUUAGCUGAUGAGUGCCUGAGUGAAGGCAAAGAGGGGUAUGAAACUAUUUCAGAAAAAGAAUGCCUCAGUGGAGUUGAAGAAGAAACUAUUUCAGAAGCAGAGGAUGGCUUCAUAUCAGACCAUGAGGGUGAUAAUACGUCUUUAGAAAGCUUUGAAAAACAAGAAGCUAUUUCUUUAGAAAAGUGGGGAACCACAGAUUUCAAAGCAUCUGCUGAUGCUAAACAUGAACAUGUGAAAACUUCUGCUGUAAUGGGGAUUGGCUUGCAGGAGUUGCUAGAAGCUAUUGAUAAGAGGCUGGAUGAAAAGAAAUUUAUUGUGACGAGGAGCUUUGGGCCUUUUGACCGUAAGUGGAGACCAUCUUAUACUGAGGACACCGACAAGAUAGCUCAACAAUAGCUUCUAGCAGGAGGAAAAAUAUAUUCUUCCAUUGAGCAAUAGGCGAAGGAUGCAAAUAUGAUGCUGGUAAUGGUCUUUGUACUGAGAUUCAAUCAAGUGGUUGAAAUCAGAAGCUAGGUUUAAGAACUGCAGAUGGAGGUGAUCUCUGUUAUCAACUGUAUGAAGUGUCUGCAGGCUGUAUUAUACGUCGCUUGUGUAAUAAUAACUUCGGAGUGGCAGCUUGAGAUGCCAUUAAUGAUUAUGGGAAAAUAAAUUAAAUUCGAGGAUUUAUAUGUAAACUAUCAUCUGGGUCCGAUCAUUUUCUUACCUGAUAUCUCUAGCUUAUAUUUUGAAACGCAUUUGUAGUUUAUAUUUUUGUAUAAUUCUAAUAAA